UGAGAUGGGCCCGCUGUUCACAGGACCAACAACGGUAGUGCCUGCUCGUUAUAUCAGCUGUAACAGUGUUGCCUGUCUGGUACCAAACCACACCAUCCCCAUCCUGGAGGGCAGAGUUUUGGCCGGGUGGUAUGUGUCGGUCAGCGACGACGCCGACACGUUUGGUAACGAGUUGAUAUACCUGCCGUAUGACAACCGCUGUGUGACUUGUACAGGUGUCAAUGCGUUACCGAUGUGCAGUUGGACGGACAGUAGUUGUUACAUCGGUGGUAUGUGUUACAACCCGGGAGACAGUAAUGGCGGUUCGUGUGAAGUCUGUGACAUUGGACAGAGCCUAACUCGGUGGUCAAUGCCAGGUGAGAAAUGUUUUGUUGGUGGUACAUGUUACAUAGACGGGUACAUCAACCCUGCGGACAACUGCACAGUUUGCAACUCUACGACCAGUACCUCAGAGUUUACACCCAGAGGGAAUGUCUGUAAUGAGGGUGGAAGAUGCUAUGAGGAUGCUGAGAUCAGCCAUGAAGACAGUUGUCGUAUAUGUGACGUCACACACACAACAACCAGUCUGACCACCACAGAGGGCUCUUGUUUCAUUGGAGGCGAGUGUUACACAGAUGGACAGGCUGACCCCGGGAACUCUUGUCAGCAGUGUGACAGUAAUACCAAUACAUUCACUCUUAGCGGACAUGGCGGUUGUACCAUACCCCCGAGUACCACCUGCUGGCCCGACGAAACCAUAAACCCUGCUGACACAUGCCAGCUCUGUGACGUCAUCAAAUCUACCAACACAUGGAGCGAUAUACAGAUUCCUUUAACUAAUGGUAGAACAACGCCGUGUGGGAGCCUGUGUGACUACGUCAGAGAUCACCAGUCGUCAAUUUUUUCCCUGGUCUGUAACUAUCCAAAUUUCAUCUCGAGCCAGAAUUUCAGGGACAUGUGCUUUGUGAAGAACUUUAACGCACUCCCGCAAGGCAUCUGUCCUGGACACCAAGGGAAACUGCAGAGGUGGAUGGCCAUGUGCCUGUAUACCACAGUAGUGGACGCCGCCAAUGAUCCACAAGUCUGUCCUUGACCUCUUUUGAUUUUGAAUCUUCGUUUCUAAGUACCGCUAAGAUAUUGGUGCAAAAUAAAACUCAAGAUAGCA